GCAAACACUACUCCUCUUCCCCACACCUCCCUCCCUCCCUCCUUCUCUCUCUCUCUCUCUCUCUCUAUCUCUCUCAUCAAAAAUGGAGAGCAGUGGUGACACAACAGCAACCGCCAUCGGUUCUACUUCAUCCCCUCCUCAUCACUCACUCUCACCAUCACCUUCAUCUUCUCCUCCUCCUCUAUCUCAUGUCAUGACAAAUAAUGUGGUGGUGGUGAGUCCUUGUGCUGCUUGCAAAAUCCUCCGGCGGAGGUGCGCCGAGAAAUGCGUGCUGGCGCCGUACUUCCCCCCCACCGAUCCCCUCAAGUUCACCACCGCCCACCGCGUCUUCGGCGCCAGCAACAUUAUCAAAUUCUUGCAGGAACUCCCUGAGUGUCAAAGGGCUGAUGCAGUGAGCAGCAUGGUAUAUGAGGCCAAUGCCAGGCUCCGGGACCCGGUUUACGGAUGUGCAGGGGCAAUUUGUCAGCUGCAAAAGCAAGUUAGCGAGCUCCAAGCGCAACUAGCCAAGGCACAAGCAGAGGUAGUGAACAUGCAAUGCCAGCAGGCAAAUCUGGUGGCCUUGAUCUGCAUGGAAAUGUCACCCGAUCAAUCUCCACAAGCAUCGCCCCAACAACAGCAGCAACAACAACAAUACUCUUUCGACAACUUCAUCAUGACCAAUCCUCAGAGUUAUCCGAGCUUCGCGGAUGAGAAUUGCCUGGGCUCAAUGUGGGAGCCUCUUUGGACAUGAGGUCAUAGAAAAAGGGCACAAAAUACUGGCAAGAAGCGCGCGGCCUAUAAUUUUCACUUCUUGAGCCAGUAUUCUAUGCACUUUUCUGUUAUCUUAUACUGCGUGCUUGGAUGGCAUACCGCUUAGCCGUUUCCAUUGCGAAAUCAGUACCAUUUUAGCUAUAUAUAGACUCUCCUAACUCCAAGCUAGCUAAUUGCAGGAACGGGAAGGAGAUUACUGAAAGGAAAUGUAUGAAUAAAAGUUGAUGUAUCGAGUAGGGACAAAAUGUAAUUUUGAUCGAAUUCAAGGGUCUACGAUAAAGUCAAAUUAGAUUCCGAUGUCAUAAUUAAAUUCUAAUUAGUUAAUGGGAAAGAAUUAGUUGACGGGUCAUUUUCUUGUGUGGGGUUAAAUUUCUGUUAGUAUUGCAAAGAAAGAAAUCAUUGUGGCAGGCCCAAUCUCAUUCCCCUAUGUAUCGAAUUCAAGGAUCAUGUUCGUUUUGUGA